UGACUAACUUGGGGAUGCAGUGGGCAGGGUUGAACAUUGUCUUCAGAGAACCGGUCCUGCUGGUGAACCAAGCAGAGCUCACCGGAGCCCAGUCCAUCAAACCAUCAUGUCAGGGAAGAAGAACCAAGAAGAAAAGUCUUGCAGCGACAACAAGAUGGAAGAUCCUUCUCCUAAGCCUGAGGUAGAGGUUCCUGUGAACUACGUGUACCGCCUACUGCAGGAGGAGCAAUAUACCCCCUGCCUAGGUUCCACCACUUCAGAUUUCCUCUUCGCCAUGCUUGAUUACCUUACCGACUAUAUCCUGGAGGUGGUGGGCUCCGAAGCCAACAUCAACAACCAGCAAGAUAUCCCACAAGAUGGAGAGAGGCAAGGAAACAACCAACGUGAACCCUCUCAUGCCUUCAAGAACUCGCCUUUCUCUCUGUUUGAUGAGAUGCCUGGACCCAGAAGGAAUGGCUAAAGAAUGGGGGACAGAGCCCAAGGGUGGGAAGCCUCACAGACUCAGCUAGGACCAUGAAGGCUAAUAGUAGAGGAGGCUCUCCUGGUGUCCAUGAAUACUAAUAAAGUGUUUAAAUGGAA